UGAAAAAUGUCUCUUUAGGCAUUACAUCAUCCAUUCACAGGUCCUAGGCCUGAAGAUAUGGAUGACUUACCUUCUGCACGAGCUCUUGCCUAUGACAUGGUCUAUAAUGGCGUCGAGAUUGGUGGAGGAAGUUUAAGGAUAUAUAAGCGGGAUGUCCAAGAAAAGGUUCUAGAGAUCAUUGGCAUCUCAGCUGAAGAGGCUGAAGCAAAGUUUGGCUAUCUUCUGGAGGCUCUUGACAUGGGUGCUCCUCCUCAUGGUGGAAUUGCUUAUGGAUUAGAUAGGAUGGUAAUGAUGCUGGCAGGUGCGAGUUCCAUAAGGGAUGUAAUAGCUUUCCCAAAGACAACCACUGCGCAAUGUGCACUAACCAGAACUCCCUCGGAAGUCGAUCCAAAGCAGCUCCAAGAUCUCUCCAUCCGCACCAACUAAUAGCGAUCUCAUCACAAGCAUCAUUUAUGUCUUUAAUGCUCUGAGAAGAGGAGUAAGUAGAGAUGUGGUAGUGGUAUAUCUCACCUUUACUAACCU